AUGAUUUUCAAUUCUGUUGAUUAUAUUGCAGAAUUCAAUAGAAUUCAACAAGGAAUUCAAGAUGAAACAGAAAUAGAAAGAUUAAGAGAUUUUUGGUUUUCUGAAAUUACCAAGUCUAAAUUAGAAAAUAAUGAUAAACAAAAACUUAAUGAACUCAAAGAAGAAUAUGAAAUACAUGAAGAAAAAGAAAUACCAAAUCUAGAAAUAAAUAGAUGUUGGUUUAGAGAAAUUAGAAAUAGCAGAAACUUGUAUGAAGAACAAAAAAUUGCUUUAAAUAUACAAUGUAAUAAGAAAUUAAAAGCAUUAUCAAAUGAAAAGUAUGAUAAAAUCAAUGAAGAAAUUCCUAAAAUUGAAACUGCUAACCUAUUAAAUAAUAAACAUCAUAUAGAUAUUAUGAUACGUGAACUCAAAAAUGAAAAUCUAAAAGAUAAUAAAGAUGUAGUUACAUUACAACAAAAAAGAUGA